CUCGACUGGGCAGAUUCUGUUAUGUUUUAAUUUACCAAAUGAUUAGGUUGAAAUACCAACAGGUUGUAGAACGACAGCCGGAUUUAAUGUCGUAAAACGUGAAGAAUGACUGAUCAAGGACAUCCUGCUUCAUUGCAUUUGAUAACUGGGUCAAAACACAUGCCAUACAUUGUGAAAUGUUUGAGUGAAAAUUUGAAAAGAAAUCCUACCAUAAUCAAAUCCAUCAAGAUGGCAGAUUGGGGAGGAUUGUCCAAUCUGUUGUCUUAUUCUAACUUAGUCCAUGCUAUUUCCGGAGCUGCUGGAAGUGUUGUUGCUAUGACAGUAUUUUUUCCAUUAGACACUGCUAGAACCAGAUUACAAAGUGAGAUGGCUUUAUAUCGUGGAUUAUUUCCAGUUGUCUCAGCUUUAUGUUGUUCAAAUUUUGUGUAUUUUUAUAUGUUUAAUGGUUUAAAAUCAGUGAUGGCAACCCCUAAUGGUGAAAUUAAUUCUAUCAAAGAUUUAUCUUUAGGUUUUAUAGCAGGUGUAAUCAAUGUAUUGGUAACCACACCACUAUGGGUAGUUAAUACUAGACUGAAGUUACAGGGUGUUAAAUUUCAUACUAAACAUUAUACUGAAAAUGAUCAUAAAAAAAUGAAAUAUAAUGGCAUUAUAGAUUGUUUAAGAAAGAUUAUAAAUUAUGAAGGUAUUUCUACAUUGUGGAAUGGUACUAUGCCAUCCAUAAUCUUAGCGUCCAACCCAGCAAUACAAUUCAUGGUUUAUGAUGCCAUUAAAAUAUAUUUUCAAAGACUUUUCAAAACAGCUGAAUUAAGUGGCUUUUUAUAUUUUUUGAUUGGUGCGAUAGCUAAAACAAUAGCUACUGUUAUAACAUAUCCUAUACAAGUUAUACAGUCUAGAUUACGGGCUGGCUAUUCUAAAGAAGAAAAAUCACACAGUAUUUUACAUCAUCUCCUAUAUUUAAUCAAAAAGAAUGGGGUACAAUCACUUUAUAAAGGAAUGGAAGCUAAGUUAUUACAGACUGUUUUAACAGCAGCUCUUAUGUUUUUAACCUACGAAAAAAUAGCAGCAUUUAUAUUCAGAUUUAUGGGAAUGAAACCAGUGAUUUCAAAGAGAUAAUCAAUACAUAUAGUGCUGUGUUUUAAAUAGUGUUCAAUCUUCCAAAUUUUAAAUGACAAGUGUUCAUUAUGUUAUUAUUAUCAAUGGAAAUAAAAAACUUUUCAAAUU